UGAUCCAGACAGUGUGUGGAGUGACAUGCUCUGGAUUUAGGAAACUAGACUGGAGGAGGGCGCAGCUGCACUUAACUUUGAGAGACUUUUUUAAUCUUUUUCCACGUUUUGCUGAGGAUGAUAGAAACAUAAACUGUUGUUGGAUCGAUAGGCAAAUCGAUUUUUAAGGGGCGGUAACUGAAGUCUGUCUGUUUUUUCUCUCAGAUCAUGCCACGUUUGAGAUCACGCCUGAUGAUGGGCUGAGCAAAUCCUCCUCCUGCGCACUCACAGCUGCUGCAGCCAGACUGAAGAAAAGUUACCCAAGUUGUCUUUCCCUUUGACAGAUUGUUUUAUUUUCCAAUCGUCUGUGGCUUCUUGUGUCCUCCACCGACCCGCCCCAGCAUGCUGGAGCUGGACUGACCGUGCGUCUGAGGAGGAGGACUAUGGCAUCAGCCGUGUUUGAAGGCACGUCGCUGGUCAACAUGUUUGUGCGGGACUGCUGGGUUAACGGGAUCCGGAGACUCAUCAUCAGCCAGCGGGGAGAGGAAGAGGAGUUCUUCGAGCUCCGGACCGAGUGGUCGGACAGGAACAUUUUAUACUUGCACCGGAGUUAUGCGGAUCUGGGGCGGCUGUUUAAAAGACUGCUGGAGUCCUUUCCUGAGGACACAAGAGAGCUCUCCAAGUCUCCACUCAUAGAAGGGCUGGUAAAAAUCAAAGACGCCAACGACAUUGAGGAGAAACUGAACGAGGUAGAAAGACUUUUGAAGAAUGCCAUCAACAUGCCGUGCAAGUAUUCAAGGUCAGAGGUGAUGUUGACUUUCUUCGAGCGAUCACCGCUGGACCAGGUGCUGAGGAACGACAAAGUCCACAGAAUCCAGCCGUGCUUUCAGAGUCCAAUCAAGAUAUCAGAAAUCAUGCGGUCAAAUGGAUUCUGUCUGGCCAACACAGAAACCAUCGUAUUUGAUCACAGUCUCCCUGAAGAAAAAGAGAGACCCUCAUCCACCGACUCAGUGGAACAUACGUAUGAGGAUGGAACAGAGUUUUUGCCAAUGGAAGCAGACGUGUGUGAUGAGGAAACAGAAGCGUAUGUGACCAACCUGUCCUACUACCAUCUGGUCCCGUUUGAAACUGACAUCCUGGAAUGAGCCGCUGACGCCUGUUGAUGGACAUCUGAUGCCAUCAAUGAGGAAUAUAAUGUGCUCUUAAAUGGAACCGAGCUAUGCAACGCUGCACAUAGCUGCUCCAAGUCAAUGCUGCUUAUCCUGACAAACUCUAGAGCUGCUUGUAGUCCAUUUUGGAGAUGUACAGUAUGCACCACUUUGUCUUUGCCACUUUAAUAAGCGACGUCACCAGUGUGCCUCAUUCAGAGCCUUACUUCAGUGUCAGUCAAGAAGAAACAUGACAGGAUUGUCUGUAAGCUGCAGAGGGCUUCCAGGUGUUGUCACCCAACCUGUGGCAGCAUCAAUGGAGGUUCUUCAGUCCCGAGGCAGAUGCAAACAGCUGGAGAGGUCUCAAAACAUGCAGCUUGACCACUUCAAAAGAAUUCCUCAAACUGAUCAUUGUCUGCAGUUUGGAGUGUGAGUUCAACCAGAGGGGAGAGGGCCACACAGCAACCUGAAUUUGGAGACAAAUUUACAGUAUUGGACCUUUCACUGUUGCUUAAAAACGCAGCUGAAUCAUCCAGCACUCUUUCUUUUUCUAUCUCAGCUGUCGCGUUUAUUCUCCAGUGGACCUUCAUGACGGCGUCGGCCCGGUUCGCCAGGAGAAAUGUCUGCCUAUUGUCUUCUCAUAUCUCCCUGAAGUGUUAUCCACAGUGUUACCACUCUGGUGUUUUAUUCUUGUUUGUUUGUUUAUAGUGCAAUUUCCACCAGCAUGUAGGAACUUUUUUUUGUUUUUAAAAUACCAGCUAUGAUGAUUCUUGUUUUGUUGCUGUGAUAUGCAGUUGGUUCUUUGGUCUGAGAGUAGUCUGAGAUCCAAGUGAAACUGGACGGCCGAGAUACAAACGUGUGAAGUUUAGCUACCGAUAAAGAUAAAAGAACAGAAAUCAUAAGGGCAAAUUUUGUCCCAAGUCUUCCUGUUUUAGCAUAAAAAAACUUGAUGAAGCUUUUAUGCUAAUAGGCUUAUACAGUAUAGUGGACUGGUUCCCAACCUGGGGGUCCCGAUCGCCACUAGGGGUCGCCAAAGCAUCACGGAGGGGUCGCAAGGCCUUCUUGAUUUUAAUGUAUGACAACUUUUUAAAAAAUAUAU